UUUUUAACCAAUUUUGACAGCAACGAUUUUUAACCUCGAAAACUAUGCUAUUUAUUUUGAGAUUUGACUUCACAAAAAAUACUUGUAAACUUUGGUAAACAUACUAUCAGCGACUUCUUAUCUUUGAGUUGAGAGAAUUGUGAACACUUUGCCGUUUCGCCUACAGCAGAGGGUCACCAAGCUUUACUUUCAAGUUUUAACGAGAAACCAGCACGGGGCACAUAGUGAAAAACAAUUCAACGAGUACAACAAAAUGGAUGUGAAAAUCUUACCAGCUCUUCAGGACAACUACAUGUAUUUAAUAGUUGAUAAAGCAACUAACGAGGCAGCAGUUGUGGACCCAGUGGACCCCAAGUCUGUGCUGGAAGCAGUGGAGCAACAUGGUGUUAAUUUGACUACAGUGCUCACCACACAUCAUCAUUGGGAUCAUGCUGGUGGCAAUGAAGAGCUGGUCAAGUUGAAGCCAGGCCUAAAAGUAUUUGGCGGAGACCAGCGUAUACCAGCUCUCACUGAGAAAGUUGCUCAUGAUACAAGACUGAACAUAGGCAGACUAAAUGUGCAGUGUUUAUUUACACCGUGCCAUACAACUGGUCACAUCUGUUACUUUGUUACACCACCAGAAGAGGGUGAAGUCAAGGCUGUGUUUACAGGUGACACAUUGUUCCUUGGAGGCUGUGGAAGAUUUUUUGAGGGCAACGCCCAACAAAUGCACAAUGCACUCAUAACAGUACUAAGCAACCUGCCCGAUGCAACCAAAGUUUUCUGUGGACAUGAGUACACUCUGCAGAACUUGAAAUAUGCAGCUCAUGUUGAACCAGACAACGAAGAUGUGAAGAGCAAAAUAGCCUGGGCUGAAGAGAAAAGGGCUCAGCAGUUACCUACAGUGCCUUCAAGUAUUGGUGAAGAGAAGUCAUACAACCCAUUUAUGAGAGUGAAUUCCCCAUCAGUUCAACAGUUUGCAGGAAAGAAUAAUCCAGUUGAGACUAUGAAAGCUAUCAGAGAUGCCAAAGAUCACUUUAAAGGCUAAAGGAGAAAUUCUAUUAUCAAUAAACUUUUAUAGUUUUUUAUAUCUACAAAUAAGUUAUAUGCAAUACUAGCAAUUUUAUAUUUAAAAUUAUAUCUUAUUAAUUUGGGUUAGGGAAUCAAAAUGAGCUGUGUUGUAAAAUUAGACAUACUUAUAUUAUUUUGUUACAUUUAUCCUAGACUUAAAGCUGACUAUCACAAGAGAACUAUGAGGUAGAAGUUGGUAUUGAAUGUCAUUGUUCCUUCUUUAUGUACGCGGACAUUUCUUCAGCAUACUUCUCCUUCGAUCUCUCGAACAUAGCCACAUAAACCUGUAAACACAAAAAUAAAACUAUUGUCACAAACAUA